AUGGAGAGAGGCCAGGAGAGGCUAGGAGAGGAUGAGGAUGAGGACGAGGGAGACGGAGACGGAGAGGGGAGAGUUGCAAAGAGGCAGAAGAAGCAGACGAAGUUGGAGAAACGCCGAACGCUGAUGAAGGUGAGGAAAAAAGGAAGGGGGAAAAAGGUUCAAGCGCUGCUGGGAGUUUCUGUCAGUUCAGUUGGGAGUGAAUGA